AUCUCUCUGUGCUUGGUAUUUAUAAGUUCCAAAGAUCUCUACUUCGCAAACUCGCGCGUGAAUGCCAUCGAGGAGUCAAGGCCACCCUUGCCGUGACUCUUCUCUCGACUGAGUUUCUCUCACAGUGCCACUCACCGAUACCAAAUUGCAGAGUGAUGGGGAAAAGAAAACAAUCCAAACCGCACAGGUCCGGUGAGUUGGUAAUACAAAGCCAUGGUUCUACUGGGCCAGAAUUGGAUGACAAAGUAAAAGCACCAGAAAUUGCGCGAGCUGAAAAGGAUGAAUUUGUUGAUGCAGUUAAACCGUAUUUUGUAGAAGUUGGCAUGAGGAGCUGGCUUUUACAUGAGCACCUCGAUAUAUCUGAACUCAUUCUGACAGAUUUGAACUUAAGGGAAGGGUUUUCGGGGUUUGAAUUGAAUGGGGAUUUUUAUGAGGAUUCAAAAUAUUCCUUGAGGUUUCAAGUCUGCAAUGUCAAUGAUUUUAUCAAUCGUAUUAAGUUAGGGCAUUGGCCUGUGAUCUCUGCUAGUGAUAUAUCUUUGGAAUUUGUCAAAAAAUGCAUGACAGAGGCAGAGGAGACACAAUCUGUGAUUUUGUCAGGGAGAUUUGAUGGACCAGAUGACGGUGUUUCUGGUCUUGUUCACUUGGCAAGCUUAGAGUUUCUGUCAUUGAGGCCUGUUCUGGGGGCUGUAUUUUCCAAAGAGAUGCUGUCCCUCAGGGUGCGAGUGGAGAUACUCAAGAAUGCCUUUGAUUCUUGUGAGUCUCUUCUAGAAAAUAACAGGCAGUUAUGGAAGAAGAGUAUGGUGAAUGUAAUGUCUUGGCUGCGUCCAGAAGUAGUCACUUCUGAAGCGAGAUACGGAGGUAGUUGGUCAGCGAAGAUAGAAGUCGACUUGAGUGAGGAGAUGCGAGCUGGCAUUUCCAACUCUAGGAAACAUGUGAGAUUUGAUGUUGCUGGGUUCUAUGAAGCCAUCAAGCCAUCAAAAGUGGAUCCAAUGCUUAAAGAUGAACUACCUGACUUGCUCCCCGUGUUGAGGCCAUAUCAGCGCCGUGCAGCUUAUUGGAUGCUGCAACGAGAAAAAGGAUAUCCAGGAAGUUUUGGAGAAAGGGAAAGAGAUUGGACUGUUUCUCCUUUAUGCUUGCCCAUUGAGUUUUUAGAAAGUUGUUCAAAAAUGUUUUAUAAUCCAUUCAGUGGAAAUGUCUCAUUGUGUCCAGAGAAUUCUUUGUCGUGCAUCCGCGGUGGUAUCCUUGCUGACGAGAUGGGUUUGGGGAAAACUAUUGAAUUGCUUGCCCUCAUCUUUGCUCAUCGGAAAUCAGCACAUGAAGAGGACAUAUCUAUGGAUAAUGAAUUGCAGUGUAAUGGGGAACUGAAACUUGGUAUUAAAAGAUUGAAGAGAGAGCGUGUUGAGUGUACUUGUGGAGCUGUGAGUGAAAGUCGAAAAUAUAAGGGAAUUUGGGUACAGUGUGACAUCUGUGAUGCUUGGCAACAUGCAGAUUGUGUUGGAUAUAAGCCAACACAAAAAAAUCGAAAAGCUGUUGAUGUUUUCAAUGAAAAAGGCUGUGAGGCUGAGCCCAAAAAGCAAACGAGAAAGAAAAAUACCACCACUAUAGUUGUAAGAGAAGGGGAGUAUGUGUGCCAACUGUGCUCAGAACUGAUAAAGGCUACCGACUCUCCCGUUGCUAGUGGUGCCACUCUCAUUGUCUGUCCGGCUCCUAUAUUGGCUCAAUGGCAUGCUGAGAUUAUACGUCAUACUCGUCCAGGUUCCUUAAAGACUUGUAUCUAUGAAGGUGUACGGAGUACUUCUCUUUUGAAUACGUCUCCAAUGGACAUCAGCGAACUAGUCAGUGCUGACAUUGUUUUGACAACGUAUGACGUGCUUAAAGAGGACCUGUCACACGACUCUGAUAGGCAUGAAGGUGAUAGACACUUCCUGAGAUUCCAGAAGAGGUACCAAAUUCUUCCAACAUUUCUGAGCAGAAUAUAUUGGUGGAGGGUUUGUCUGGAUGAGGCUCAGAUGGUGGAGAGUAAUGCUGCUGGUGCCACAGAAAUGGCUCUCCGCUUAGAUGCUAACCAUCGCUGGUGUAUUACAGGGACUCCUAUACAGCGCAAGCUUGAUGACUUAUAUGGACUUCUUCGAUUCCUUAAAGCUAGCCCUUUUAAUGUUUCUAGGUGGUGGACUGAAGUUAUAAAAAAUCCAUAUGAGAGGAGAGAUCAUGGAACUAUGGAAUUUACACAUAAGUUCUUUAAACAACUUAUGUGGCGUUCUUCAAAAAGGCAUGUGUCAGAUGAGUUGCAGCUUCCUCCACAAGAGGAGUGCCUCACUUCACUAACUUUCUCGCCAAUUGAAGAGCACUUUUAUGAGAUACAGCACGAAACUUGCGUCGAUUAUGCUCGCGAAGUUAUUGAAAACAUGAAAGAUGCCAACUUCAAAAGACAAGUCCCAGGUUGUAUCUCUUCUGAUGCUUCAUCUGAUCGUUUCAUCACCCAUGCAGAGGCAGCAAAGCUUCUAAAUUCACUCCUGAAACUUCGUCAAGCAUGUUGCCACCCUCAAGUAGGAAGCUCUGGGCUGCGUUCUUUGCAACAGGCCCCGAUGACCAUGGAGGAAAUAUUAAUGGUUCUUGUUGGUAAGACCAAGAUAGAAGGAGAAGAAGCUCUCAGGAGGUCAAUUGUUGCUUUAAAUGCACUAGCAGGAAUUGCAAUGAUUGAGGAUAAAAUUUCCGAGGCAGUAUCAUUGUACGAGGAAGCACUGUCUUUGUCUGAAGAGCACUCUGAAGACUUUCGCCUGGACCCUUUGUUGAAUAUUCACAUUCAUCAUAAUCUUGCCGAGAUUCUCCCAAUGAUUUCUAACUGCACACCACAGCCUCCCUUAAAUCAACAGCCUGGAAUCUCUGAGAAGGCUGAAAAGAGACACAUUGUUGAUGAUUUCAAUUUAAAGGCGAUAAAGAGGCGAAAAGUUAGUGGGGAAGACGAUUCAAAUUUGACUGUUUUUACUGGGAAUUUACCAAAUUACAGUAGCCUAUAUGAAAAUGGUGUAAAUGAUAGCCAAAAACCUGAGGAUGGGUGGCAUACCUCAGCCGGGUCCUUCAAUGAUAAGCCUUUGCAAAUGGCAUGUGAGACCAUGAAGCAGAAGUUUUUAUCUGUAUUCUCAUCAAAGUUAUAUGCUGCUCAACAAGAGUUUACAAAAAUGCAUACGCUGGUCUGUAAUGAAUUGAACGACAGGAAAACACAACAUAGUCUUUGGUGGUUGGAAACCCUUGAUCAUGCUGAUCAGAAUAAAGACUUUGCUGGAGAAUUGAUCAAAAAGAUUGAAGAGGCUAUCUCGGAAACUCUAAACAAUUCAAAGUCAUCUAGAAUCACAUCCCGUUUUCGAAGCAUAACUGGUCUGAAAUAUCAUAUCCAGAAUGGUUUAGAUAUAUUGGAAGCUUCUAGAAAAACGUUACUUGAUCGACUUUUGAAAAUUGAUAUGACCAUGGAGAAACCAAAGCAGGAAGACAUUGAACGUGUACGUUAUUGUCGAUAUUGCCAGGUUAUGGGUGAUGGUCCAACAUGUGUUCAUUGUGAACUGGAAGAAUUGUUUAAGGAUUAUGAAGCGAGGCUCUUCCGUCUUAACAAAUUGCAUGGGGAAAUGAUUACAUCAGCUGAAGAGGCUAUAGAUUUGCAGAAGAAGAACUCUGCACUCAAUCGUUUCUAUUGGAAGUUAUCGCAGGCUAACAAAAUAUCAACUUCCUCCAGUGUUGAGGAUGAAGAAUUAAAGAAGAGAGAUGUUGGAGAAAGAGUAAUGGUUUCAAAAUCGGCGUCUGAGUUGGAGAUUGUUCUUGGAGUUAUAAAGAAUCAUUGCAAAGGUCUGUUAGGGAAGGAAGGUAUUUCAGCAGCCACCAGGGAGAUGCACAUUCUGGAGAGCAUGCGAAAGGAGUAUGGCCAUGCAAGGUCUUUGGCAACAGCUCAAGCUCAAGUUCUUCGUGCUCAUGACGAACUCUUGAUGGCAACCUCACGAUUGCACCUAAGAGAAAAUGAGAAUGAUAAUGCUAUCGAUGCUUUAAGUCCGGAUGAAUUAGCUUCAGCUAGUGUGCUACAGACUACUGAGAAAUUCAUGUCGUCGGCCUUGUUGUCCCGAAUUAAAGGGAAACUUCGUUACUUGAAGGGAUUGGUACAAUCUAAACAGAAACUCCCAUCAGGAAGUUUUGUGAAUUCUUCAUCAACUCAAAAGAUGGCUUCCCCAUCAACUUGUAUAGAAGUGAAAAACGGGUCUGUAGCUGAAGCCAAUGAGGAAACAUGCCCAAUAUGCCAAGAAAAAUUAAGCAUUCAAAAGAUGGUUUUCCAGUGCGGCCAUGCUACAUGCUGUAAAUGUUUAUUUGCAAUGAGUGAGCGGAAAACUCAGAAUGAUAAGAUGCAAAGUAAAUGGAUAAUGUGCCCAACAUGUAGACAACAUUCGGAUUUUGGAAAUAUUGCUUACGCCGAUGAUAGACAAAAUGAAUCUUGUGAUUGUGGUAUGUUGCAUACAAUUCAAGGUUGUGAAAAGUGUGAAGCAUCCAUCAUUGUUCAAGGUUCUUAUGGAACAAAGAUUGAAGCAGUCACUAGAAGGAUCUUGGGGAUCAAGUCUGCAGACCCAGAAUCUAAGGUUCUUGUUUUUUCAAGUUGGAAUGAUGUCCUCGACGUUUUAGAGCAUGCCUUUGCUGCUAAUGGUAUCACUUAUAUCCGAAUGAAAGGAGGCAGGAAAUCGCACUUAGCAAUCAGUGAAUUUAAAGGGCAGAAAAUCAGUGGAAAAAGAACACGUAAACGUCAGGAUGAGCAAUCAGAGCCAAAAUCUAUUCAAGUGUUGCUGCUUUUAAUCCAACAUGGAGCAAAUGGCCUCAAUCUCCUAGAAGCACAGCAUGUGGUGCUUGUGGAGCCGCUACUAAAUCCUGCCGCUGAAGCACAAGCAAUCGGUCGCGUGCAUCGAAUUGGGCAGGAAAAUAGGACACUCGUUCAUCGUUUCAUAGUUAAAAAUACAGUAGAAGAGAGCAUAUAUAAACUGAACAGAAGCAGGAACACUAAUUUAUUCGUCAGCGGGAAUACUAAGAAUCAAGAUCAGCCCUUUUUGACGCUGAAUGAUGUCGAAUCCCUAUUUGCAGCACGGCCAUCGCCAGAACCAGAAACCAAAGAGAAACCAGCUGAAAGUUUGAGGCAUUUGCCUCCUUCAGCCGCUGCUGCUAUAGCCGCAGAGAGAAGAAUGAAGGAGCACACAGCAAAUUCUUCAUCUGGAUGAUUUGUCGCUUCAAUAAUUACAAGGAAGUUCUUUUUUUCAUACAUUUAGGCAUUUCUAAGACAUAAUUAUGGUUGUUUAAACAAAAUAAAUAGUGUAGCCGUUGCUUGUAGGUUCUUGAACCAACAUAUUUUUAGCCUUUUCCUUCUUUGUAUCUUCUGAAUUAUUCAAUUGUAUAUAUAUUUACAUAUGUAUGAUUGCAUUUAGUUAUGUUA